AUAGCUGGGUGGCAAGAAUUCUUCCCUCUCAUAGUGGAGAUCGCGCAGUAUUCCCUAAUUUAUGUUUUUGAUCUUUUGAAGUUUGGGUCGUUCUUCUGUACAAGUUUGGGCUGUUCUUAUGAUUUAGGUUUCCAAUUGCGGUUUUCAUUUCUCUGUAAGAGUUUGGGUUUUGAUAGAAGAUACCAAGAUUUGGAAUUUCUUUGGUGAUAUCCUCAAAGGCACGAAGGAAAAUGGACAACACCCAUCAUGUGAUGACACUGCCGAAAGGUCCCCAAAAUUUAAUCUUCUUUUUGCUCUUUCCUGGGAUUCUUUUGUUUGUGUGCAAAAGAGCGAAGAAAUCCUUUUCUCAUUCUUUUCCUCCCAACGAUAUGGCUAUUGUUGCUUCUUCUUCUUCUGCUGUGAUCAAUAAUGAAGUCUUCAUCAGUUUCAGAGGGGACACUCGUAAAAACUUUACUAGUCAUCUUUACUCUGUCUUAUGCCGGAAAGGCAUUCAGACCUACAGAGAUGAUCCGAAUCUCGAGAGAGGAGAUGAAAUUUCACCUGCACUUUCGAGAGCAAUUGAGGAAUCAAUGAUUUCAAUAGUCGUCUUCUCGAAAGAGUAUGCUUCUUCUAGAUGGUGCUUGGAUGAGCUCGUGCACAUUCUCAAAUGCAAGAAUGAAAGAGCUCAGAUUGUUUUACCCGUCUUUUACAACAUCGAUCCGUCGGAUAUUAGGAAACAGCAGGGGAGUUAUGCUAUUGCCUUUGCUGCACACGAAGAACGUUUUGAGCUGAAAAAAGUGGAGGAAUGGAGAAAUGCUUUGACUGCUGCAGCUGAUCUAUCUGGCUUUCAUUUACAAGAUCAGGCCUUGUUGGAAUAGAUCAACAACUUGGGGAAAUUGAAUCCUUGUUAUGCUUUGGAUUACCAAAUCCUCGUGUCAUAGGCCUUU